AUGGUAAGACUUAAACAUAGAUAUUAUUUAGUUAACAUUAUAUUUGAUGAUGAUUGUCUCGGCCACCGAAUUGGGCACAAAGUUUUGUACGACGCCAUUAAUUCCCUGCUUGAAGAUUUCUAUGGUGAUAAUGGUGUGGCUUGCAUUCAAUCAAAUCUCAGCGUGAAAUAUUUGAACAUUUACACGAAUUUAAUUUUGAUUCGAGUUCGGCGGCAAUUUCAUAAAAUGUUGGGAUCAGUGUUGCCAUUUAUAAAGUCGGUAAAAUGUGACUUGCUUGGAAAGGAUAAGAAACUUGGGAGGAUUGUUGAUUGUUUGGUCAACACCGUACAUGUGAGCGGGACGAUCAGGUCGGCACAAAAAUUCAUCAUUAAGUUCAACAAAAAGAAAAUUGAAAUUAUUUUACAACGUUGCGAAAAUGAAGCUCUUGCAAACAAAAUACGAAAAUCAGUAUUUGACAAAGGGACUAAAAUUAUUUGA